AGAAAAGCUUGACUUUGAAACCAAUGCCCUCUUUCAUACAAUUAUCCCUUCGAUCCAUCGAGUUGAAGCUAUAAGUCUCCAUUUUCAAGAUCAAAGAGUGGAAACCCUAAUUCUUGGAGAUGGGAAGAGGAAAAAUUCCUAUCCGGAGAAUCGACAACUCAACGAGCAGACAAGUGACAUUCUCAAAGAGGCGAAAUGGGCUUCUCAAGAAGGCCAAGGAGCUCGCGAUUCUCUGCGACGCUGAAGUCGGUGUCAUCAUAUUUUCGAGCACUGGGAAGCUCUAUGAACUGUCUAACACCAGCAUGAACUCCAUUAUUGAUCGAUAUAGCAAGGUAAAAGAGGAGCAAUAUCAACUAAUUAAUCCACCCUCGGAGGCUAAGUUUUGGCAAAGGGAGGCAGCAAGUUUAAGGCAACAAAUACAAGAAUUGCAAGAAAGUCAUAGAAAAUUGAUGGGAGAAGAACUCUAUGGGCUGACUGUUGGAGAUCUCGAGGGACUAGAGAAUCAACUGCAAACUAGUCUACACAAUGUUCGACUGAAAAAGGAAAAUAAGUUCACUGAAGAAAUUCAAGAGCUUAGUAGAAAGGGGAAUUUUAUCAAUCAGGAGAAUGCUGAGCUCAUCAAGAAGAUCAAUCUGAUGGAACAAGAAAACAUGGAUUUGUAUAGAAAGGCUUAUGGUGGAAUGAUGAGGGACAUAAUAAGUGCACCAAAUGGGGUAGCAGCAGCAGAUGAAGAUGUUUCAUCUUCUACUACAUUUGGUUUGAACAUAAACAGCAGUAGAAGCAGCCACAGGGAUUUAUUAUUGCAAGGAUCACCUACUCGACUUCAGUUGAGCCCUCCUGCACCUCAUCUCCAAGCCCCACAACCUGCAGCUGAUCAAUAAUAAUAUCAUUGAUAUACAUAUAUAUAUAUAUAUAUAGAGAGAGAGAGAGAGAGAGAGGCCACAUCAUCUCUAUCUACACAUCUAAACACACAUACGUAUAAAUGAUAUGAUGAUGAUUGAUCGAAUUGUUCAUCGACACUAUUAAUUGUGUUUCAAUAUAUCUCAACGAAUAUGUUAAAAUAU